AUGAGAUCUCUUGGUGUCAAAGUCGAGGCUGUGAAUGGUGAGGAAAAGAAGUUGAACCCCAGAGAAGAUCCCCCAAACCCUGUGAAUGAUGAAGGCCAGGGUGAUGCGGAUGGGGAUGAGGAUGAGGAUGAGGAUGAAGACGAGGGUGAGGACUAUGAUGGUGAUGAUUAUGAGGACGGAGAUGAGGGCGAGGAUUAUGAAGACGGAGACGAUGGUGAGGACUAUGAGGGCGAGGGUGACGAGGGCGAUGGUUACAAUGAUGAGCCCGAGACUGGCGAGGAGAAGACUUUUGAGCACGAGGUCAUUUUGGACGUGAGGGAACCGGCUUUUAAUUGGAGCUGGUGGUUUGAGGGUCGGGGGUCGACGUACUACCCUCAAGGACGCUAG